AUGCAUGCGAAAAUAAACUUUUUCAACGGCCUAUACCAACAAGCGGAUCGCACACGAGCAAGCGGAUGUCAAGAUCUCGACGUGAUGAAAGUCGCGUUAAAAGAAUUUAAAGAAAGAUUUCCAAGCGGUUUUCAACACAUCGAGGCGUGGGAGGUCGUUCGAAAACACGAGAAAUGGGCCCAAGUCCCAUUGAUGGGCGAGGAAGGUGAAGGUUCGGCACAUAAAAGAAAGCCGGUUGACGUAGACUUUUCAAUACCGGAUAUGAACGAAGAUCCCUCGCCACAAAGAGCACAACGGCGAGACAAGCGUCAAGCUACAUCGUCCGAGGGAAGCUCGGCCGAGUUGGCGGCACAAUUCAAAGUGUACACCGCCAUGAAAGAAGCGAAGCAAGCGGUAGAAUUGGAGGCGAUCGAAUUGAGGAAAAAAGAGAGUCGGAGGCUCGCGAGCUAAUAUCGGUACAAAUCGAGACGAUGAAAAACUACAAUUACGAUCGAGAUAUGAAAACCUUCCUUAAGCCGCACGACGAUGUUCCGCCAAGUAUGUUGCCGAUCAUCCUAGCCCGAAAGCGAGAAAUCGCUAACAAGUACGGGUGGCCAUGCGAUUUCUAGUUUGAAUGUAUUUUUUUUCUAGUUUGAA